AUUCCUCUAUGUAAAGUAAUCAGAUUUAACAUUGACUAUACAAUUCAUUUCAUUGAGGAGAUGAUGCCUGAGAAUUUUUGUGUGAGAGGUCUUGAACUCUUCUCUUCCUAUCUAUUCAAAGAUAUUUUGGAGCUCUAUGACUGGAAUCUUAAAGGUCCUUCACUUGACAAUGACUCUGUUUGCUGCCCCAGAUUUCACUUCAUGCCACGAUUUGUGAGAUUUCUUCCAGAUGGAGGAAAAGAAGUGCUCUCAAUGCAUCAGAUCCUUCUGUACUUGUUACGAUGCAAUAAAGCUCUGGUGCCUGAAGAGGAGAUUGCCAAUAUGCUUCAGUGGGAAGAACUGGAAUGGCAGAAAUAUGCAGAAGAAUGCAAAGGGAUGAUCGUUACCAGCCCUGGCAUGAAACCCAGCUCAGUUCGUAUUGAUCAACUGGACCGUGAACAGUUCAAUCCUGAUGUAAUUACUUUCCCCAUUAUUGUCCACUUUGGGAUACGACCUGCUCAACUCAGUUAUGCUGGAGAUCCUCAAUACCAAAAGCUGUGGAAGAGUUAUGUGAAGCUGCGUCACCUGCUGGCUAAUAGUCCCAAAGUCAAACAGGCUGAUAAACAGAAAUUAUCACAGAGAGAGGAAGCACUGCAGAAGAUCCGUCAGAAGAACACAAUGAGACGAGAGGUGACCGUGGAGUUGAGCAGCCAGGGAUUCUGGAAGACAGGGAUACGCUCUGACGUCUGCCAGCAUGCCAUGAUGCUUCCUGUCCUCACCCACCAUGUCCGCUACCAUCAGUGUCUGAUGCAUUUGGACAAACUGAUAGGCUACACGUUUCGAGACAGGUGCUUGCUGCAGCUUGCCAUGACUCAUCCAAGCCAUCACUUAAACUUUGGAAUGAAUCCAGAUCAUGCCAGAAAUUCCUUAUCCAACUGUGGGAUUCGACAGCCAAAAUAUGGAGAUAGAAAAGUUCACCAUAUGCACAUGAGGAAAAAAGGGAUAAACACUCUGAUAAAUAUUAUGUCACGUUUGGGACAGGAUGAUCCAGCUCCUUCCAGGAUUAACCACAAUGAGCGUUUAGAAUUUCUGGGAGAUGCUGUGGUGGAGUUCUUGACAAGUGUCCACUUGUACUACCUGUUUCCCACUCUGGAGGAAGGAGGACUAGCUACCUACCGCACUGCCAUCGUCCAGAACCAACACCUGGCCAUGCUGGCCAAGAAGCUGGAACUGGAUCGAUUUAUGCUUUAUGCUCAUGGUCCAGACCUUUGCAGGGAAUCAGAUCUCCGCCAUGCCAUGGCCAACUGCUUUGAAGCCCUAAUAGGAGCUGUUUAUCUAGAAGGGAGCCUAGAAGAAGCAAAACAGUUAUUUGGACGUUUACUCUUCAAUGACAAGGACCUGCGGGAUGUAUGGCUUAAUUAUCCACUACACCCACUCCAACUGCAGGAGUCCAAUACUGACAGACAACUCAUUGAGACCUCGCCAGUUCUUCAGAAGCUUACAGAGUUUGAGGAGGCAAUAGGAGUCAUUUUUACCCACGUUCGGCUUCUAGCACGUGCAUUCACUCUGAGGACAGUAGGCUUUAAUCAUCUGACCCUAGGCCACAACCAGAGAAUGGAAUUCCUGGGUGACUCCAUAAUGCAGUUGGUGGCUACGGAGUAUUUAUUCAUACAUUUCCCUGAUCAUCAUGAAGGGCACUUAACGCUACUGAGAAGUUCUUUGGUGAACAACAGGACACAGGCCAAGGUAGCAGAAGAGCUGGGUAUGCAAGAAUUUGCCAUCACUAAUGACAAGACAAAAAGACCUGUAGCUCUUCGAACUAAGACUUUGGCUGAUCUCUUGGAAUCCUUUAUUGCUGCCCUGUACAUUGAUAAAGAUUUGGAGUAUGUUCACACUUUCAUGAACGUAUGCUUUUUUCCACGUCUAAAGGAGUUUAUUUUAAAUCAAGAUUGGAAUGAUCCUAAAUCUCAGCUUCAACAGUGCUGCUUGACUCUCAGGACAGAAGGAAAAGAGCCAGACAUUCCUCUUUACAAGACUUUGCAGACAGUGGGACCGUCUCAUGCCAGGACAUACACGGUAGCUGUUUACUUCAAAGGAGAAAGGAUAGGAUGUGGGAAAGGCCCAAGUAUUCAGCAAGCAGAAAUGGGAGCUGCAAUGGACGCACUUGAAAAAUAUAACUUUCCCCAGAUGGCCCAUCAGAAACGAUUCAUUGAACGGAAGUACAGACAAGAGUUGAAAGAAAUGAGGUGGGAAAGAGAGCAUCAAGAGAGAGAGACAGAUGAGACUGAAGAAGCAAGGAAAUAAAAGGAGGGCACAAAAGCAGUGGCAUAUUUACUUACUUAAUAACUCUGUGGCCUGUGGAGACCUAACCUAGUUUCCUGCAGAUGAUGAAUGAAGAGUGCCUGUUGAUAUCAAGUAGAAAAUCAUAAUCUUUUCAUUAAAAAGUGUGUGUAUAUAUAGUAUUUCUUCAGUUUGGUUUUAAGUGCAAAGUUGCUUUAGCAUUUUAAUAAGAUUUGGUUUUAAAUCCUUUUAAUUUUUAUUAGAAGUUGUGGGAUUAUUUUUAUUAUUUUUACUGUCUUGUAUGAAGUAAUAAAGUAUUCAUUUCAAAAGCUUGUAGAAG